AUGGAGCUUCUUCCAAUAUUCAAAAAGGCCUACUGGCUUCUGGCAGCUAGCGGCCUUUUAUAUGUACUGGCUGUUCUGUCCUUGACGCAUCCAGGAAUCCAGAGAGGCGUACUCUACUCCAAUGGGAUUAACCCAUCAAAGUGUCUUGACUUAAACAAUGUUGAAUGUUUCGGGUUCCUUAAAUCCCAGGUCCAGCCUUUCAUUCUUGAUACCCCUGAUAAUGAAACGCUUUACUCCUGGCACAUUCUUCCCCCACACCUUUACAAGGACAAUGAAAACCUGCUUCUACAGAAUCAUACUUCUGGACCUGCAGAAGACAUUACCAAGACACCUGCUUUUCAGCUUUUAGCCAAGGACACUAACUCGAGAGUGGUUGUGAAUCUUCAUGGAAAUGCAGCUGACAUUGGAACUGGAUAUCGUCCCAAGGUCUACCAAAAUUUCUUGUCCACCUCUACUCCGUCUCGUCCGGUGCAUGUUAUUGCAUUUGACUAUAGGGGGUUCGGGAGGUCCACUGGCAAACCAACAGAAGAAGGCCUUAUUACAGAUGCUCUUACUGUGGUUAACUACCUAACCUCACCACCACUCUCAAUUUCCCCCAAAAGAAUCAUCAUUGCCGGUCAAAGCUUAGGGACAGCUGUUGCCAGUGCGUUAGCUGAACGCCAUACUUUCGGAAAUCCUACAGACUUCUCCUCUGUAAAGGCUAAGGAGCCAUUUGCAGGAGUCAUUCUCAUGGCACCAUUUACCAAUAUUCCACAGCUACUGAACUCUUACUGCAUCAUGGGUUUUAUUCCUCCAAUUCUUUCACCUUUGCUUCAAUAUCCUCAGCUGAAGAAGUAUAUACUGGACCGUCUUCUGGAUCGAUGGGACACAGCUGCUAGACUUGCCGCUUUGACAGGCAUUUCCCCAAAUCAUGCACAAGGCCACGAGUCGCUGCCAUUUGAUUUGACUAUUAUACACGCUAUAAACGACCGCGAUAUCCCAUGGCGUGAGGGUAAGAGUGUGUGGGAUGCAGCUACUGGUGGAGAAAUGGCCACUGAACUUGGAUCAUUUAUACAUAGCCAUACUUCCGAAGACGGGGUUAUCCAGUCCUCCGUCUGGGAAAGAGAGGAUGGGCCUAGCAAGGCAUUGAAGAGAGUUAGGUGGGAAAGAGUUAGAUAUGGAGGUCAUAAUGAGAUCGGUACUCUCAAUACAGUCGCUGUUGCUCUCCUGAGGCUUCUCGAUAAACCCGUAUAG